GCCGCUCCGGAGGCUGCGCGGGGCGGGUUCAGCGCUGCCAGGGCCGCGCGUUCUCCGGCCGGGGCCGGGGCGCUGACGGCCGCCUCCCGCCGCGCCGUUACUCAGCACAGUCGGUGUCCCCACGGCCCGCCGACCGGGCAGUCGGGAGAGAGCGGGACCGCCGAGCGGAGCGCCAGGUGCAGGGGGAUUUGGAAGAAAUAAGAAAUUCUGUAAUUCUCAUUACAUGCUGGUAAGAGUGCAGUCUGCUGUUCCUGGGGAAAACAAACUAUUUGCAUCUCACUUUUGGAGACUAGAAGAUGAAUAAUCUUUCCUUUAGUGAACUGUGCUGCCUGUUCUGUUGUCCACCAUGCCCAGGGAAAAUUGCCUCUAAGCUGGCAUUCUUACCUCCUGAUCCCACAUAUACACUGAUGUGUGAUGAGAGUGGCAGUCGCUGGACUUUGCAUCUCUCAGAGCGAGCGGACUGGCAAUAUUCUUCCAGGGAAAAAGAUGCCAUUGAGUGCUUCAUGACUAGAACAUGUAAAGGCAACAGGAUUGCCUGUAUGUUUGUGCGUUGCUCACCUAAUGCCAAGUACACUUUGCUCUUCUCACAUGGAAAUGCUGUUGACCUGGGUCAGAUGAGCAGCUUUUAUAUAGGACUGGGUUCACGGAUUAAUUGCAACAUAUUCUCCUAUGAUUAUUCUGGAUAUGGCGCAAGUUCUGGGAAGCCUACGGAGAAGAAUCUCUAUGCUGACAUUGAUGCUGCUUGGGUGGCUCUUAGAACAAGGUAUGGAAUUCGCCCUGAAAAUGUGAUUAUAUAUGGCCAGAGUAUAGGAACGGUACCAUCUGUGGAUCUUGCUGCUAGAUAUGAAAGUGCUGCUGUAAUUCUUCAUUCUCCACUGACCUCAGGAAUGCGAGUAGCUUUUCCUGAUACAAAGAAGACUUACUGCUUUGAUGCAUUCCCAAACAUUGACAAAAUUUCUAAAAUAACAUCUCCUGUCUUAAUAAUCCAUGGAACUGAAGAUGAAGUAAUUGACUUUUCACAUGGCCUGGCAUUAUUUGAGCGUUGCCAGAGACCUGUAGAACCACUGUGGGUAGAAGGAGCAGGCCAUAAUGAUGUGGAACUCUAUGGACAGUACCUUGAAAGAUUAAAACAUUUUGUGUCACAGGAGUUGGUGAACUUGUAACUUUCAUUGUGUAUUUACAUGGUUUUUUUUCAUUUCACUGCAGAACUUCACACUUUGAUAAAUAUAUAACUUAAAACCUGAAUGUUGUGUUUUCAAAUCAUCUUGGUUGCCUUCAUUAAAUCUACAGGUAAUGAUUUGUCAACAUAAUUAAUGAAGGUUUUAAUGUCAACAUUAUAAACUGGAAUUACAUGAUCAUGCAGUCAGACUGGCAGUUCGUAUUUCUUUGUGUGAGGUUUUUUCUUCUUAGAUGUAAAGAAAAAAAUCACAAGGAGUACUGUAAGAAAAUUUAAUUAUAUAAAACCAAAUGCUGUAAAAGUGUUGCCAAGUGCUUUAGCAUAUCAAAACCAAGUUUAUAAAUAUUUUUUAAACAUCUCAAAGUGUACUGUGACUUACUCUGUUGCACAGGUGUAAUUAAAAAACUGACUUCUAAACUGUUGGUCUGUGAAAAUGUAAUAGCCAUGAAAUUUGAGCAAAUACUAAUGUAUGUAAUGAGAAUAAACAGUCACUGGAAAUUAUUCAUGCCCUGUUACAGAGAGAGGGGAAAAAUAGAUAUGUUUUCCCAUAUUUUUUACUUCUUUUGUGCUUAGUUUUCAUUUAGUUAUUUUGUACUCGUAUCGUCUAUUAGCUUUCAGGAUAAUAAAAUGUAUCCACUCAUGUUCUCAGGACUCCUAAUCUUGCCAGAGUACAAAUUAUCAUUGUUGUAAUGCAGGUAUCAUUCACAUGAUUGCUACUGAGGCCACAAAAUACCUCUUUGAAACCAGACUUAAAACCUAGAAGACUUCUUGAACCAUGUAGUUUUAAACACUGAUUUUCUAGAGCCACAACGUGUCAUUAAAAAGAACCUUGAAGUUUAUCCAACAUUGUAAUAAAGAGUUUGCAACGUAGCAGUUGUCUGAUCAGGCUAAUUUUGGAUGUUUAGUGUAAAAGCUUAUUUUUUUGAGUAUUGUAUGGAAAUUUUACUAAUUGGGCCUCUGUGGGGUGGGAAGAGUGACAAGAAGAGAAUAUUGACAUUUUUCUAUUAACUCAUUAUAAAAUAAACUUAAGUUGCCUUUCCCUUGAAUGCAUUUUACAAGAAUGAAGCUAUGAAAAAUAAACUUAAUUAUAUGUGGCCUAAUUGUGAACAAAGUAAUAUUCCAACAAUACACACUGUGCUUUUAAGGCCUUACGUAAUUUAAUUGUUGUGCUUGUUUUUUGUGAUUGAGACUAUUGUGUACUUAAAUGUAGUUUUGAGUAUUGUGAAGACUUUGGUUAAGAUGUGUUGAUUAACAGUAAACAAUAUUCCACAAA